AUGCCUUUUGGGUUAUCAAAUGCCCUUAGUACUUUCACGAGGUUGAUGAAUGAGGUUUUACGCCUGUUUAUUUGUUACGUCAUAGUGGUUUAUUUUGAUGAAAGCACUUUCAUGAGGUUGAUGAAUGAGGUUCCGCGCCUGUUUAUUGGUUAUGUUGUUGUGGUUUAUUUUGAUGACAUUCUAACUUAUAGUUUUGUUGUUUGUGAAAAAGUGAUUCAGGUUGAUGAAAAUAAGGUGAGUGCUAUCAGCGUUUGGCCUGCACUUAAAUAUGUGACUGAGGGGGUUCGGCUAUGCAUUCCUUGCUCAUAUUUAAGAGAGAAGUUAUUUCAAGACCUGCAUGGUGGUGGUCUUAGCGGUCAUGUGGAUAGAGAUAAAACCAUUACUAGCCUAAAAGAGAGAUAUUAUUGGCCACACUUAAGGAGAUACGUUGGUGCUAUAAACAAGAGGUGUUAUACUUGUCAGUUUUCUAAAGGCCAGACUCAAAAUACUGGUCUUUACACGCCUUUACUUAUUCCUGACAAUAUUUGGCAAGAUUUAGCCAUGGAUUUUGUGUUGGGCUUGUCUUAUAUGCUGCGAGGUGUAGAUUUUACGUUUGUUGUAUUAGACAGAUUCUCCAAGUUGACACACUUUAUUGCAUUUACUUUAGACAGGGAUACCAAAUUUAUUAGUCGUUUCUGGAUUACUCUAUGGAGAUUUCUUGGAACCUCGUUGAACAUGAGUUUUAUAGCUCAUCCUCAAAUAGAUGGACAAACUGAGUGUUGUGCACUCAGCUAUAGGGAAAUCACCAUUUCUCUGAUUUAUACUUCUGUCCCUAAGUGCGUGGUUGAUUUGGUUAAGUUGCCUAAGACACCUGGAGUUAGUACGACUUCUAAAAAUAUGGUUGAGGAGCUGGUAGUUGUUAAAGAAGGUGUUAAAGCUAAGUUAGAGGCUAUUGAGCAGAAGAAUAAAACAAAUGUUGAAAAACAUAGGAAGGUUAACGUUUUCAAUGUUGGAGACGAUAUUAUGGCGUUUCUGUGUAAGGAGAGGUUCUUAAUCAUUACUUACAACAAGUUGAAACCACGCAAGUAUGGCAUGCUCAAGGUGACCCGAAAGAUCAAUGAUAAUGCUUAUGUGGCAACUCUCCUAGAUUCCAUGAAUAUAUCCAAUACUUUUAAUGUUGUUGACAUUCAUGAAUAUGAAGUCGAUGAGGCUCUUUAUCAAGAAGAGAACUCGGAGUCGAUUUCUUCAGACGUGGGAGAGACUGAUGUAUGA